CGUCCUCUCGACGUGCCACGUGUCCCCUCCUUCCCAGCUUAUAUAUUCGUCUCCUUCCAUUGCUCCCGAAGUUUCAAGAGUCUCUGCAGUUCUUCUUUAGUGUAAAGUUAAGAAAGAAGAGGGUGAAAAAGGUAAUUACGAUGAAGUCUGUGGUCGAUUUGCAAUUUCCACCUGGUUUUAGAUUUCAUCCGACGGACGAGGAGCUCGUGCUACAGUACCUUUGCCGUAAAUGCGCGUCGCAGCAGAUCCCUGCCCCGCUCAUCGCCGAAAUCGACUUGUACAGACAUGAUCCUUGGGAUCUUCCCGGUUUGGCUCUAUACGGUGAAAAAGAGUGGUACUUCUUCUCGCCGAGGGAUAGGAAGUACCCGAACGGUUCAAGGCCGAACCGGUCCGCCGGUUCUGGGUAUUGGAAAGCAACCGGAGCUGAUAAACCGAUUGGUCGGCCUAAACCGGUUGGUAUCAAGAAGGCUUUAGUGUUUUACUCUGGAAAACCGCCGAAAGGAGACAAAACCAAUUGGAUCAUGCACGAGUACCGGUUAGCCAACGUGGAUCGCUCGAUUAACAGGAAAAACAGUUUAAGACUGGACGAUUGGGUGCUGUGUCGGAUAUACAACAAGAAAGGCGUGAUCGAGAGGCGACCGCAGCCGCAGACGCUGAACGCUAUGCCAAACGCACCGCGAUGGAUCGAAAACGCGAUCGAGGAGGUGGAGAACAAGCAAGUGUUUCCUAUGACAGACACGUGUCCACUGGUCGUACCGGGUCCAAUACACUUCGACACAUCGGAUUCCGUACCGAGGCUGAUGGCGGAUUCCAGCUGCUCGGAGCACGUGGUGUCUCCGGAGUUCACGUGCGAGGCGGAGAGCGAGCCGAGAUGGAGGAGGGAAGAUGAUCAGUGGGCGAAUACCCUCGAGUUUCGUGGUAAUUACGGAGAUGCCACUGGGGGGACGGCGGCGGAGAACGACUUGGCUUCGUUGUCACGGCUCAUGAGCGGGAAUCAGAUGUGGGCAGUGCAGGAUAUGCUCGUGGUCCCGGAGGGAACGUUCUGAGUAUUUGGCACGUGCGAGUCGCAGACACGAGACAAAGUUUUACACACCUCGACGCGCGGGGCGUCGGGUGGACACGGUGAACCCUCUGGAUGAACUAGGAGGUCUCUCUCGGUCCGAGCGAAUACAAUAGCGACACGUCACAUAGGUGUGAAUGGAGGAGAAAAUAAAGGAAAUGACGUGGGAUGAGUGGGAAUAAUAUAUUUUUUUGAUAAAUAAGUCGAAAUAAUAUUGUUAAGGAUGAAAAUGUAGUAUUUUUAUUAGCCAAUAAUAACCAAAUAGCAUCAGUUGAAAGCAAAGAUAUAUAUCCACAUCAUAUUUAAUCGA